AUGUCUGCCGCGCCGGGAUUUUGCGCGGGCGCGGGCGCAGAGUCCUCCUCGCGGCGCCGGCGAGCGCAGACGGAGAACGACGUCUCGGUCGAGCGUCUGAGGGAGACCAUCUCCAACCCGGGCUCUGUCAAGAUCAACGUCAAGGGCGCCUUCAUCCUCGACGAGCUGGCCGAACACAGGCGUGAUGAUGCCGACGGCGUGCAUUACGAGCACAAGGAUAUUCGUCUUCCCCACCACACCGACGUCGUGAGCCAUGUCGCCGUCGACAUUGGCGGAACGCUCGCUAAGCUUGUCUACUUCUCUCCUGAAAUCAGCCAGUCCGGCAGCGGCGGGCGUCUCAACUUUAUAAAUUUCGAAACCAACCGGAUCGAGCUAUGUAUCGAGUUCCUGAAGAAGUUGAAGGAGAACCACAUGAAGCGUAAUGGCUCGGCUCCGUACGAGCUGUGCGUUAUGGCUACCGGGGGCGGUGCAUACAAGUACUACGACAUGCUGAAGGACGCUCUCGGCGUGAACGUGCUGAGAGAGGACGAGAUGGAGUGUUUGAUCAUUGGAUUGGACUUUUUCAUCACAGAGAUCCCGAACGAGGUGUUUACAUAUAGCGAGACCACCCCGAUGCAGUUUGCAGAGGCCCGGGCAGACGUCUACCCGUACCUGCUGGUCAAUAUCGGCUCAGGCGUGUCGAUGGUCAAGGUUUCCGGCCCCAGGCAGUUCGAACGUGUAGGUGGAACGUCUCUCGGCGGGGGGACGUUCUGGGGUAUAAUGGCUCUCUUAACCGGCGCCCGAACGUUCGACGAGAUGCUGGCGAUGGCGGAGCGUGGAGACAACAGUGGAGUCGACAUGCUUGUUGGUGAUAUUUAUGGUACUGACUAUGGAAAGAUCGGGCUGAAGAGUACUGCAAUCGCCAGUACAUUUGGCAAAGUCUUCAAGAUGAAGCGGCUGGAGGAGCGGAAUGCCGAGAAUAGCGGAAGCGAAUCACCGACUUCCGAGCAGGAUAUCUCCCAUUUCUCUCACGAAGACAUGAGCCAGAGUCUUUUAUUCGCUAUAAGUAACAACAUUGGCCAAAUUGCCUACCUACAGUCCGAAAAACAUCAAAUCAAACACAUUUAUUUUGGAGGCUCGUUCAUUCGCGGCCACCGCCAGACGAUGAACACUCUCUCUUACGCUAUUAAAUUUUGGUCCAAGGGGGAGAAGCAGGCGUAUUUCCUUCGUCACGAAGGCUACCUUGGAGCUGUCGGGGCAUUCCUCAAGCGACAGCCACAGCAUUGGGGCAGGAGGAACAGCGUCGAGAAUGCCAUGGCACCUCGCUUCGCUUCCUCUCGAGAGGCAUUCUCAAAGUAG